AUGUCAAGGAUUUGGUGCGUUUUACUCCUUGGUGGCUGCCUGGCGCUGUCACAAGGAGCUGAUAAUCCAGGGGCUGUCAUCCAGAUUGAUAUUGGGACAAUUGAUCAUGCGGUCUCCACUGCACUGACUGAGAGUGAUGUUCUUCAGAAAAUGGCAGAAGCAGCAACAAAAAAAAAGCCAAACACCAAACCCAUCAAAGGUAUCUCCGGGAUAAAAGUGAAAGAUAUCCGUCCCCCUGUGAUAACACUGACGCUCUUGCCAGGAACAGGGCUUUUCAUGGCUGUGUUAGUCCAAAUGACCAUUGCUGGGAAAAGCUUUAUAGGAGGGAACAUGGAAAUCAAAAUGGCAGCAAACUUGACUGCAGACAACAGGCUGUCACAGGAUGCUUUGGGCACCCCCAAGUUCAGCUCUGAAAACUGCCACAUUUCUCUUAUUAGCGUUAAAACCAACCUUCCCAGUAGCAUGCUGCCCAAAGUCCUGAACAAGCUUCUGGAUAGCACCCUUCAGAAAGUGCUGCCAAGUCUGCUGUGUCCAGCUGUGGAUGUAGUGCUCAACCUUGUGAAUGCAAAAUUAACAACCAUGACCUCUGAGAUAUCUCUUGGGACUGCUGGGACCCUCCGAUAUGCUUUGCUGAAUCCACCAACAACAAGCGAAACUUUCAUACAGCUGGAUUUAAAGACCAUUCUCCAUCAAAAAGAGGGAGAUGAGAUUGACCUUCCCACAGACCAGCCACCUCUUACUUCUCUGCCACCAAAGAAAGAAGCUGCUACCCAGCUCAUCCUGUCUGCGAACUUCUUGAGUGCCGAGCUCCGUAUUAUGCAGGCAUCCUUCAACCUGGACAUCAGGGAUAAUAUGGUUCUUGGGCUUCCCCCACUGGUGACAUCGAUGCUUGGAGCCCUCAUCCCUGAGAUUUCCAGGGCGCUGCCUCCAUCGCAGCCGCUGACGAUUGAAAUGAGAGCGGCGAGACCGCCGCUGGUGACGGUAACCCCGGAGGCGAGCUUCGUGCGUGUCUUCAGCACGGCCAAGCUUCUGGCUUCCUCCUCAGGCUCUGCCCCUGCGUCCCUCUUCGUCCUGGACGUCUGCAGUGAUCUGAAAGCGCGUUUCGUUGUUAGAGGAGAAAAGCUGUGCGUCUCCCUCGCUCUGGACAGUUUGUCUGAAAUGGCCUUGGCUUCCUCAUCCGUUGGCACGUUUGAUGAGCUGCCGCUGAAAAGGAUUUUGGCAAAUGUUAUUCACGUGGCUUAUGUGCCAUCCAUCAAUGCGGCGCUGCAAGGAGGGAUCCCGCUGCCUGAUCUGCUGGGCAUUAAAUACCAGCAGGCGGAGAUCAGCAGGUCCGAGUUAGUGCUAAACCUGAUGCGAGAGGAGUUGCGACUGCUCCCUGCCACUGCAGCGAGGAAUGAGCAAAAAAGGGCAAAAGGGGGAGCAACAAGUGUGGGGGGCCUUCAAAGCGUCGUCUUCCUCUUUGCUUGA